AUUGUCAAAUCAAGUGUUGGAUGAGGUCCCACAUGGGCUGGCAGCUUCAGGGCAUGGGAGGUCAUUGCCGAGAGGAUGGGAGGGGGAAGCUUGGUGGGGUGGUACCCAGACAGACUCCCAGGUCUGCUCUCCAGGCCAUCCAGCUCCUCUGGACUGUGCCCUGCUCACUCAAACAGGCUGGAAGUGCUGGGCAAGCUCAGUGCAGCCAUGAGCAGAUGAGAGGAUCAGAGGAGUGGGAAGCAGACUGAAGACCUUUCAACCCAUCUCAAAGCUGCUUUCCUGGAGUCAGCCUGCAGGCUCAGCAGGCAGUCCUCGAGUCUUGUAAUUCCCACUUUCAGCAGUGAAUCCUGUCUCCCUCCCUGUUGAUUGACUGUGGAUAUGCUGGCAUCCAAGAUGGAGACAGUAGAAAGUGAGACCCUGAUUGUUGAGGUGGAGGAGAUGAAUGGAAGAGCUGACGUGACUCUGGAUCCAGACACCGCCAAUCCCUUCCUCAUUCUGGCCAGUGACCAGCGAGGGGUGGGACGGGGGCACGAGUGGACCUUGCUGCCCAACAACCCCGAGCGGUUUGACACGGAGCCGUGCGUGCUGGGCAGCCAGGCCUUUGCUGCGGGGAGACACUGCUGGGAGGUGGAGGUGGCCGAGGCAGGGGACUGGUGGGCAGUGGGAGUGGCCCAGGAGUCUGUCAGGAGGAAGGGGGUCCUCAAUUUUAUGCCCCAGGAGGGGAUCUGGGCCGUGGGCCAGUGGUUUGGACAGUACCAUGCUUUCAGUGAGCCUGACUGGACCCCGCUGCACCUUACCUGCCUCCCCAGGGCCAUCCAGGUCUGCCUGGACUUCACAGACAAGCAGGUGACUUUUGCUGAUGCUGAGAGUGAAGCCCCAAUCUUUGCUUUCUGCCUGGCCUCGUGUGCUGGGGAGAGGCUGCGCCCGUGGCUCUGGGUGGGGAUGGACUCGUGGCUCAAGCUGUGCCCCUGACAGGGAGGGAACAUGAGGGGCAGGGGAGAGGCUGGAAAGGCAAACUCCAUCACCUUGGGUCUUGGUGCUGGGAACUGGGAGGGUCCUGCAUCCUGCUGGCUCCUCCUCAUGUGGAUCCUCUGGCCCCCAAGGAGAGGACUGGCAGGUCAUGGAGGUGGAUGCCACAACAGAGCCUCCUUUAUCCCCCCACCCCUCAGCUGGGACUGCAGGGACAACAGGGAGCACAGAGACAGGGUGCAGGGAGGAGCUUGGUGCCCAGUGGUCCCAUGGCAGAGACCUUCACUGAGUGCCAGGGCACUGCAGAGCUGCUCUGCUCUGUACGAGGCCAUGGAAAAUACAGCAGGGUCCAGCUCCUCCAAGGGUGCUGGUGUAGUGCCUCUGGCUUUUUUCAAUUAAGUUAAAAAACCCCAAACAUAGCUGGAUACUUAUGAUAACACUUAUCUUCCCCACACAUCCAGAGCCUGUCCUUGCCUGAUGUGCACCAAACACAUUUUGUGCAGCAGAGCACUGGUAGCAGCGCAGGGGCAGCAGCAGGGGCAGCCCAGGAAGGAAAGCACAAUGCUGAGCUGUGUCUGAAACCCACAGGAGAGGCAGGAAUCCACAAGAAUGGCCACAGAUCUGCCAUUCUCUAGGUCCCACCUCACAGGAUCCUGCUAAAUCCUGUCCUUAGGAGAGGAGAAGGUGGAUGUAGGUGAAGAGGGACAUUGCCUGGGUCCAGCCUAGAUUUCAUCUCUGAACACUUUUCUGGUUGGACCUUCUUUACUGCCAUUUCAGUUGUCAUUGUUGUGGUGGCAUCUGGGCACAGACAACAAUAUUGGUCUCCCUGCUCUACUCCAGGGGCUGCAGAGUUGCAGCACUGGGUCAAGCCCAGGUAUCUGCCCCCAGAGCUCUGCCCUAAGCCUCUUCCACUGUGGUAGCAUCAAGACUGGGGAAACCCAGGGUUCUCUGCUCCCAGUGAGGCACUUCCUACUCUCCAUGGGCAGGAGCCUCUGAGACUGUCCUAGUUUUGCUUGGGAUAGAGUUAAUUUUCCUCUCAGUGGCCAGCACAGUGCUGGGUUUGGGAUUUAGGAUGAGAAUAAUAUUGGGAGCAACAAUCCAACCAUCAGUCAUGUGGUGUUUACACGGCCUUCUCUGUGUCUCAUGCUCUGCCAGCGAGGAGUUGCACAAGAAGCUGGGGCAGGGCAGAACACAGCCAGGACAGCUGACCCGAACUGGCCAGGGAGAUAUUCCACACCAUAAAACAUC